GCGGUAGAAGCCAGGGAGGGCCCGGGGAGUACGAGAACCGCCCCCACGGCGAACCCGAAGGGGCGCGACGGGGGCACUUCUUCCCCGAGCCAGUCUCCACCUCUGGCCGCCGUGAGACAGCUCCCCAAAACGGCAGCCGGCACAGUCUUCCUCUCCUGGCUCAGCACCGCCGAAGAUUCCCCGGGGCCGGAACUGAGGGAAGCGGCGCCGCGGGGGAGCGUAGUUUCCCAGGACCGGAAGUGGGAGGAGUAGGGCCGCCGGGCCCCCUGGGGGAACCGUAGUUCUCCAGGGCUGAAAGUGGGGGCCGGACCGCCGGAAACCACGGGCCCCAGGAGGCCGGAAGUGCGGGUCAGAGCCGCUGGGAAGUGUAGUUCUGCGGGAGACGGAAGCGCGGCCCGCGGCCGGGCGUCAUGGCGGGCCUGGAGCUCCUGUCGGACCAGGGCUACCGCGUCGACGGACGACGCGCUGGCGAGCUGCGCAAGAUCCAGGCGCGGAUGGGCGUGUUCGCGCAGGCCGAUGGCUCGGCCUACAUCGAGCAAGGCAACACCAAGGCGCUUGCGGUGGUCUACGGGCCGCACGAGAUCCGAGGCUCCCGAGCACGAGCCCUGCCAGACAGGGCCCUGGUGAACUGUCAGUAUAGUUCUGCGACCUUCAGCACAGGUGAACGCAAGCGGCGACCACAUGGGGACCGUAAGUCUUGUGAGAUGGGCCUGCAGCUGCGUCAGACCUUCGAGGCGGCCAUCCUUACACAGCUGCACCCACGCUCCCAGAUUGAUAUUUACGUGCAGGUGCUGCAGGCAGAUGGCGGGACCUACGCAGCUUGUGUGAACGCAGCCACGCUGGCAGUGCUGGACGCUGGAGUACCCAUGCGGGACUUUGUGUGCGCCUGCUCCGCUGGCUUUGUGGACAGCACAGCUCUGGCGGACCUCAGCCACGUGGAAGAGGCCGCUGGCGGUCCCCAGCUGGCCCUGGCCUUGCUGCCGGCCUCAGGCCAGAUUGCGCUGCUUGAAAUGGAUGCCAGGCUCCACGAGGACCACCUAGAGCCGGUGCUGGAGGCCGCUGCCCGGGCUGCCCGGGACGUGCACACACUGCUGGACCGUGUGGUUCGACAGCAUGUACGUGAGGCCUCUGUUUUGUUAGGGGACUGAACAUCUGCACCCCCCCCCCCCCCCGUUCCCAAAAUAAAACCCACACACAGUGUGCUGAA